CUUGUUUGUGAUUUUAAAAAAUGGAAACUUAUGCAGUCAAAUGUGACUUAACAUUUUUAGUUUUUCGCAUAGAAUAUCCUUCCAGUUACAUAUAACCGUAAAUAUUGGAACACCCCGUACCUAUACAUGUUACGUGCACGCGCACUAUUUCUACAUAUACGAAUCCUACCAUCGAUUAGACAAAAAGAAAGAGGUUCAAGUCCAAUGUUGCGAUCAUGGAACGAGAACAAUGAACAAUCGUAGCAAGCAGGUUCUUCGUUGAAUACUUCACGGAGAUUAUUGUAUGUCUAAAGCAUCGUGCUCUUCGGCCGAUCGGUUACGUGCAGUUACGCUGGUAAACUUGCACGCGAUACAGACGUGUGAUGACAUUUCGGUGAGCCGCAAGAAUGUUUUGUGUGCUAGGAAGAUGUUUAUGCAAAAGGGACGCUGUGAGAGCAUUGAGUACAGGCGAAGUGUCGACGGCACUUCGACCCUUUUAUUUCACAGUUCAUCCAGACCUUUUCGGUCAAUAUCCAACACAGAGAACAGUGAAUGAAAAUUCCUUAAAGCAGCUAAGCUCGAUCAUAGAAAGUUUGCAACAACACAAACCCAUCAGGCCUAUCACAUUGCCAUUUUAUUUACGCUCCAAAGAUGAGAAAGAAGUCAAGGCUGGUAAAUUUACUCUAGUGCAGAUACAAUUAAAAGAAAGAGAUCUGAGACAAACUAUCCUUUCAAUUUUGAAAACAUGCGAUCUACCGACCACGUUUGUAGACAAAAUAGAAGAGCAAAAGCCAACGAAAACAAAUGCAAACUAUAAAUCAAAGUUUUGGCAAAGAAAAGGAUAUGCAGGAGAAAACAUAGAUUUUUCGGAAUUAGAAGAUGAUCCUAUCUAUGCAUCUAUUUUGAUGAAAAGAAAAAUUAAUACAGAACCAGAUACUCUUAAGGCUUAUUUAGAUAAACAUAUUAACGAAGUACAUGUAAAGUUGGAAGCAUGUAGGCCAAUGAGAGAGGAAGUACAAAAGCUAGAAAAAAUAUUGUGCUCAAAAUUAGGUUUAAAGAAUAUUAUAUGGGAUUGUGGAUGGAAUAUAGCUCACUAUAGAGGCUGUUUGUUGGCCUUCAAGGCAUUAGUUGAACAUCAUCCUGAACCAAUGGAAGUAUUAAAAGAUAGGACGCUAGUGUUUGCCAAUGAUACAGGCAUUAGUCUAGAGGGAAGUGUUAUGUUAAAUUCUGGAGAAGUCAGACACAAUUGGCUUGAUCUAAUCAAAAAUGUUCAAAAACAUGAUGUUGUACUGUUGAGAUUACCAGCUUUUGAGAAGGCAGUUUCACAAGUACUUCUUGACAUAAAAGUUGGUCGACGGGUGCUCUAUAUGUGCAGGAAAUUCAUGCCUAAGGUAAUGGUUAGCCAGUAUGAACAACAACUUCGGCAGCUAACUACAACCCUCUCAGACUAUCGCGGAAGAAGAAACUAUCCGAAAGUGUGGCCAACCAGCUUAUCAGCUUAUGAAAUUGUCAUUGAAGCAGAAGCUGGUCCUUUAAUGCUGUCUCCUACUGGACAAUUUAUAGUACCAUCCUCGUGUCCGAGUUUUCUAUUAGUCAAUUUUAUUACAGAAAACUUAGAAGAAGCCACUAAAAGAUUACAUCACUAUAACAAUAUAAAACACGUAGAACGUGAGCUUCACAAUACAGCUAUAAAAGAAUUAGGUUUAAUCGAUCUUAAUAAGGAUGAUAGUAUUACUCCAGAUCUGAUGAUACAAUGCUGUGAACGUUUAUUAUUGCACAAAGGUGUACUAGCUCCUCUAUUAGAAGGUGUGAUGCUCUGGGUAACACACUAUUACUCUGUUAUGAGCGAUGGUGUUUUAUGUAUACCCUGGGAUUGGAAACUCUGAAUCCAAAUUGAAAAUGUUCUCAAGUGCUUUCUUGUUAUAUAUACUUUGAACUUAAUACCAACUACUAGGAUAACUACAUCGAACAAUUGUACAAAUUAAAGUUAACAUGUAAUGUACAGAUAAUGAAGUAACGAUAGAAUAAUACAUGCUAUUUUUCUGACAAGUUUAAAUAAACAGAGAAUUCAAGAAAAAAUUA